GUUCUCACGCACCGUUUAGUCAAUAUUUACUUCCUAGAAAGAAUGUCACGAUUUUUUCAAUUUGUUUUGUUGUCUUUGUCAUGAUAUUUUGAGAAAUCAUCACGUAAAUAUAGGUUUUUGUCACUUGCGAAAUAUUUGAAUAUAAUAUUUUUCACCUUAAUGGCCAGCGUAGUAGAUAAAUUCAAGAAGCGCAAUGCGAAAGGAAGUAACAUGUCUGUAGAAUGGUCUCGUACCGGAACAUUUCUUCAUAAACCAGAACGUGGCUGGAUACAUCCGGAUGAGCAGCUUGCAGCUGGUGCCGGGAUUUGUUAUGGAGUUAGGUAUAUUGGUUGUUUGGAGGUGAAAGAAUCUAUGAGAGCCUUAGAUUUUGACACAAGAACAGCUCUUGCAAGAGAAGCUAUCAACAGAGUAAGUGAGGCUGCAGGACUGAAAACAGCAACAAAAAGGAAAAAGAUUGACAAGCGUAUAGGGAAAAUGUUGAGUGACACACCGUGUAUGAAGUAUGCAGGGUCAAAUGUCAAUCUUACAAUUACAGUAGACAGUAUUAACCUAAUGGUCAUGGAAUCAGGAGAGGUAAUUGCUGACCAUUUAAUGCCAGGGAUUUCAUUCGCCUCAGGUGGUGAUGCGGAAACAUUAGAUUUUGUGGCAUAUGUUGCAAAAGAUGAGAUGACCGGUCGUUCUUGCCAUGUGUUGGAGUGUGGUGGGGGACUGUCAGAAGAUGUUAUAACAACCAUCGGUCAGGCAUUCGAGUUACGCUUCAAAGAAUAUCUUAAAAAACAACCUAAACCAGUCCAUGUGCCAACUAGACUAGAACAAUCUAUACAAGAAGGAGAUGCAUGGGGAGAGAACGAAGAAAACGACUACUACAACGAUAAUCCAUCAGCCCGACCCCCGUCACCGCCAAGACGUGUGCCAUCAGAAUAUGCUACCCCACCCUCAAAUCUACCCGUUAGUGAUGGAGUGUAUUCAUCAGUUAAAGAACCGAACGGCCCAACAUACGAUACACCAAAGGAAUUGUCAUUGAUAGAUUUUGGUGAAGAUGGUGGAAAAAACCUAUAUGAUAACUCAGAAAAAACUUCAAAUAAUGCUAUGACUGAGUUUGAACCUACACAGUCAGAUUUUUAUGAUAACCACAAACUGAAAGGUGGUCUAGCUUCUCCACAGAGUACCUUGGAUCCAUUUGAUAUGGAGCCAUUCAACUCGUCCCUGUCCAACGGACAUGGAGAGUCAGAAGGUGGGGCAGCCGGGGGAGGGGACAUGGCCAAUGGAAAUGGUGCACCAAAUAAAUCACCAAUUUUUGAAGAAUGGUUCCAUGGUAACCUAAGCAGGAAAGAUGCUGAGAAGUUGUUACAGAAUGAUGGGGAUUUUCUUGUACGACAAAGCUCGGCUGAUCAGAAUCAGUAUGUACUCAGUGGCCGACAGAACGGCAUGGUUAAACAUCUGUUGUUGGUGGACCCAAUGGGAGUGGUGAGGACAAAAGACCAUUCAUUUGACAGUGUACCUCAUUUGAUACAGUUCCAUAGAACACAGAAAAUACCAAUUGUAUCACAGGAGAGUGAACUUCAUUUGAAACAACCAAUCAGUAACAAGCUUACAAUGUGCUGAUGACCAAUAAAAAAAAAGGAAAAUACGAGUGUUUACAACCAAUCAGUAACUUGUUUACAAUGUGCUUAUGACCAAUGAACAGGGAAAAAUAAAGAAAUAUACAACCAAUCAGUAACUUGCUUACAAUGUGUUGAUGACUGGGAA